UGGUGACAUAAUUCCGGAGUGAUAUCUACUGCGUAUCAUGUACCUACAGCUUGUGGUUUCGAGCAGGCUGCUGCAUCUAUUUUCGACUUGAGGAUCAUCUUGCCAUGGUGGAAUAGAUGGCGCUGUCUACGAUGAGCUGGCUGAGGAACACCUCACUGACGUUGACGCGGCAGCUGUCGCGGUCGCUCGACCCACGCCACGACUAUGAGCCCCACGCCUGCUACAGCUCUUUCUGCAAACACUGGCAGCAGGCGCAUGAUAUCAUUCUCAAGUCACAGCCACUAAACUUGCAUGAUGACGUACUUGGCGUGGUGAAUCAUCUGGAACAACUGGCGACCUUACUCGUGCUUGAGGCUAAAGCGAGGGAGAUCAAUUCGGCCACCAGCCCAGCUGCCUGUCUCGAGUACCUACUCAGCGAGAGCUUGCUUGACAAACUGUACGAAUGGGCGAUAUGCACUGGCAGAUUCGAAAAUGCGGUGCGGCUGGAGCAAUUGAAGUUGUUUGGUAGUCUCAUUAGCCACUACAGCUCACAGGUCAUUGCGGCAGAACCCUUUCUCAGGCCGCUCUUGAAACUGCUCAGCGGUUUCAGAAACGAGUUGCUACCGCUGAACUUAGAAAAUCAACUGGUGUCAGUUCUCAAUCAGCUGUGCGUCGCGCUAAUGCAGAACAUGAAGUUCGUCGACCUCUUCUUCUUGACGACUCACGCGCACAAUGGAUCGCAGGCUGAAUUCAUAAUAGUCCGCUUGCUAUUAGCGUCUGUGCACCGCGAAUGUGGCACCGGCGCGACUGCACGCGACGCUCUUUUGCUCUGCGCCAAGAUGUCCUCACGGUGUCCGCAGCUCGCGGAGUACAUGCUCGCCGGGAACACUUGCGUCGUACUUGCUACUGGUCUAAGCGGGCUGUACUCACAUCUGCCGCGGUCCCUGGACGAAAAAAUCCACCGGCUGACGCCCGAUGAUGUCAACCACGUUCACAAACUCACACUCUUCAUCGAUUCGCUGGAGUUCUGUAACGCCGUCGCUCAGGUAGCACAUCCGUCCAUAAAGAAGCAGCUACUGGACCUUCUGUAUCAAGGCUUCCUGGUGCCAGUGAUGGGACCGGCGCUGCUGCAGCAAUGGCAGACGAAAGCGGGGCGGUUGCAGAGUGGCGCUCCGGAGCAGGCCGCGGCGAUGGCCUACCUCGAACUGGUGCUACGCUGCGCCACCUCCAGCGGUCUCCUCAAAGCUGUGCUCCACUUCCUCAUGCAGUACGAGUACGACGGAGUGCGUGUCAUCGACGUUCUACUCGCGAGACUUGACGGCGAUUCACAGCUAUCUCUCGUGUCUCUGGCAUUAAUGGACACGCUAAUCAACCUGAACUGUGAAGACGUUAUGAUAGAGCUUGUAUACAAGUACCUACUGAGCGGGCACCAUCUUAUGGUGAACCAUCGUAACCAAGUCGCCGAGCCCGAACCCUACAGAGAAGCUGCUGUUGCGUUCCUUGGUCUCUCGCCACGAUGUUGCUCGCGACCUCUAGACAAAACCAUAGAAUGGGUAGAAGAACUCGCCCUCAGCGGCAGAAGAAUACUUGAUUUAAAAAGAGACGACGAUAACAGGAGAUUGAACGGUGUUUACGGCGACAUCGCUAUGAACAAUCUAGUCCAGGAGGUUAAAUUCAAUUAUGGGAAUCCGAACGACACGCUAUUCGGCAACUACCACGCGUAUCUCUGUGACGCAAGGUUCGAAAUUGUCUCACGAACGCUCGCGUGUGCUAACUGGAGCUCUAAAUACGACAGCGUUACCACACCCAAAAAGGAGACCAACAACAACACAAAGGAAACGAAAGAGACAGACGCGCAUAACGCUGGGAAAGAGCAAGACAGCCUUAUAUCUGUUUGCACCAGCGGCUACGAUACUCUGAAGACUAGUGACACUUCAGAAAAAGAACCGUCAAGCUUAACGUCGUUGAACGAAAAUGGAGAAACCGAAAAAGGGACGAACGACCAUCAGAACAGUGACAGCAAACACGAUAGUUUGACGUCUGUAGGAGAAAGUAGUGGCUAUGAUAGUUUUAGGUACAAAACGGAGGAAGGAGAAGAUUCUGAGGCGUUCGCGGAGGAGGCUUUUAAGAGAAGUAUCGGGAAACCAGAGCGUGCAAGAGAGUAUGACGAAGUGCCUUUGGUCAGGAGCUGGAGAGCGAGCGCUGAAUCAAUAAUCGGCCCACUGCUCAGUAGUCUUCUGAAGAAAGCAGCGGGGUUGCUCGAGGCGGAGGUGAGUGUGAAUGGACGUGUGACUUGCGCUCUCAGCCGCCUCGCCGCGCUGCCUACGCCGCUACUAGCUUCGAUGCUGCUCUGCCCCGGUUUCGUGCUGCAACCAAACGUGCCUUCCCUAUUCCAGAUUUUAAGCAAAUUGAAAGAAGAAGUGGACGAGGUGACGAGCGGGUUGAACAACGCGGGGGAACUGGUGGACAUGGCGCGCGUGUUCCUCAUACAACGCGAAAUAUUGCUUGUCAAAUCCCGAGGACCCCCCAAUGAUGAUGGCGCGGGUAGAGAUCAAGGCGAGUCUGCAGUGGCGCGACCCGAAGAAUCUCCAUUCCGACGUGUCGAGGCAAAACGCCGCAGCAUCUCCUCGAGCAUAUCCAACAUGUUCAGCCGACGACUCUCCUCUUCAUCGCCGUCGCCGCACAAUUCUCUGAAUGUACAAAGCACAAGUCAACACCCGAGCCCACAAAGGCGUCUAAUAUUCACACAAGAAGCCUAUUGGAAUCAGUCCAUCACUCUACGUUCCAUAUUGAACGCCGUAAUUCUCGACGAAUGGAUUAAGGAGUUGGCUGCUUUAUGCGAAGAGCACGCUCUUCGUCUCUCUGCUGAUAACUACGAAGACGAUACAUAUAUACGAAUGGUAGCCUUAUGACUGAGGGCUAAAUGCCACCGCGGGCGCACACACUUUACGACUCACGUCUCCGAACGGUCUCUAGACACUUUCGUCUAAAUAUUAAUCUAUUCUUAUGACCGUUGCCUUCAACUUGUACAUAGUUUUACAAAUAAGCUAAGGAGAAUACUAUUAAUAACAAAAGAACCACGAGUGGAAAUAAUGUAAUGUAAUUUCUAUUUGCGUAAAUAUCUAAAGGCAGCUUCCUACGGGCCGUGUAAAGUUUCUUGAAAACGCAUCGUGAAAAGAGGACCGCCCGAGUGCGCCCGCGCUCGCCCGUGGCGGCCUGUAUCGGAUCCGCCGCUGGUCGGUAGGUUACCUAUCAGUAGUCCGAAAUGACAUUUUCCAGAAAUAACGCUUGUUCGAAUUUUCAUAACCUCGAAAGUUAUUUUGAGAGGAAAAUGUUUUUUUCUUUUUAACCUAACCUUACCGAACCUAA